AAACCCAUCUCUUUCCUUCCUUCCUUCCCCCAUUUUAGGGUUUUCCUCCUCUUCUAUCUCCCAAUAAUAUAAUUCUAAUUCAAUUCAAAUUCAAUUACUGUUUCUUCUGGUUCUAGGGUUUUCCUUCAUCUACUCCCCAAGCUUUAAUGUUAUCUCAAUGGAGAUUGCCUCUUCCCUCUCCAUCGCUUUCCUAUUCCUAUUCCUAUCCCUAUCCCAAUCCCACCCUUUGAUCAUUGCCUCCAUCCUCCUCCUCCUCCUUACCCUUUGAUCAUUGCCUUCUCAUCACUUUCUCCGCCUCACUGGAUAAGAUACAAGGUAAACCACGCCCCCCUCCUUCUUCCUGCAACGGAACGACGGAUACUGCCGCUGGGACCGCCGAGGACUUGAUGGCCGUCGCCGACGUUAAGCCUCCUCCUGCUGCUCCGGUUGUUGAGAGGCAGACUGGCGCCUCAAUGAUGGAGCAGUUGGUUCCCGAGAUUACCACUCACGCACUCAGUUACUUGGAUUAUUCCAGCCUCUGUCGCCUUUCUAUGACUAAUUCGCUCAUGAGAAAGGCUGCUAACGAUGACAAUGCCUGGAAAGCGCUAUAUCACAAGGAUUUUACUUUGGAGCAAGAUACCAUGACACCCGUUAAUGGGUGGAAGGCCUACUAUGCAGCUACAAGAGCCAUCAUGAAUGUUAAUGCACAAUUCUUUAACAUCAUCAGGGAAAGGUCUCUUCCAGCAAUGAGUCUUUUUUGGCUUAAUGCAGAUUAUGUCAAGUGCAUUCAUGCCACAGGAGAACAUUUUUCAGGGCAUACUGCUGUAAUUCAGGGUUGGGAGCUUGCAUUUAACAUGGAGCAAGGAGUUGAUUUUCAGGUUCGAGAUGUACGGGCUAGGGUGCUGACAGACAUGGCUUGGGUUACCAUGAAGGCUGACGUUAACAUAGAUGACGAGCCAUUUUACAUGACUAAUGUCUUUGAGUUCCAUAAUGGGCGGUGGUACAUGGUGCAUCAUCACAGCUCAGUGAUGCUUGGUGAUGGAGAUAUGGUGGAGUAACAGUUUGCUCACGGGUAACAGAAGAUAAAAAGGAGAUAAUACCAAUGAUAGUUUUAGUAAUACUACGAACAUAGUGGUAUUGAUCAACAGGAGCACGUUGCUUGAAAUUUCUUGCGAUGAUUUGUUUGGAAGAUCUGUAUUGCCACUUUUCCAACCUCAGUUUUGGGUAUUAUG